AUGUUCAUACCAAGAUUUUGUAUCAUUUCAUUUCAUAUAUAAAUUAUACUCUGCUAAUCACUUAAACUCAAAUCUGAUUCAUUUGAUAAAAAAUGUGCACUAUACGUAAGAAAGGCAACAUCUUCUUCCUGACACUAAACAAUGACGAACACUGUCUCAACCCUACACUUCUCAAUUCCAUCAAAUCCACUCUCCACCGUGUCCGUCAACAAGCCACCACUUCCUCCGUCCUCAUCACCAUCGCACACGACAAAUUCUUCUCCAACGGCUAUGACAUCGAUUGGGCACAAUCUAACAAAUCUCGCUUCAUCCUCAUCGAUGAUUCACUCCGUUCUGUCCUUUCCGAACUCAUUUCUCUCCCUAUGCCUACCAUUGCCGUUGUCACCGGUCACGCCUCCACCGCCGGUUACAUCUUCGCACUUUCUCACGACUACUUUUUAAUGAGCUCCGAUCAUGAAUUUCUCUACAAGAACGAGCUUGAUAUUGAUAUUGAUAUUGAUCAUGUUAUUCCGGCAUGGUUUGUUGCUGUUGUUGAAGCAAAGGUUGGUGAUGCGUUGGCAAUGAAGAGGAUUGUGACGGAGGCGGAGAAGGUGACGGCUGAGGAGGCGGUGAGAUUGGGGAUCGUUGACUCGGCGCAUGAUAGCGUUGAGGAAACGGUUAAGGCUGCGGUUGAAUUGAGCGGUGAUUUGGUGAAGCGUGGAUUGAAUGGAGACGUGUAUGCUGAGAAUAGGAAGAAGCUUUUGGGUCAUGUGAUUGGGACUGUUGAAGAUAACCCGCUUACAAAACAACCAUUGAUGUUGGUUUUACUCAUGCUACAAUUAGCACAAAUGGUAGCUUCUUGUUUUUCUACAAUGUAAGGGAUGAUCAAUCAUUUUAAUUUCAGUUUAAAUGGUAUCGUGAGUUUAUCUCAGUUCAUAGGCACCAUGCAUAAUAUAUAUGUAAUAAGACUGAAAUUCAAACUCCAACCAUCACAAAAAAAAAUAGUUUAAAUGCAUCAACUUUCCAAUUUUUUAUUUA